UUAUUUUUCUCUGCAUUCAAAACAAAUGAUGUUCAGUAGGAAAUUUCAACAAAUGGUGAUCGUGGUUCAAAUAUGGAGAAACCUCAAAUAAUAUGUCAUGUGGAAAAAUCUACAACGUUAUCAUUAUUCGAUUGUCGCUGGAUACCAUGUUCAGCAAAAUUUGUAGUUCUGGGCUCGAAACCCAGAGGAACUGGUAUUAUUAACAUAUAUGAACUAAGUGAGGGAGAUGUUAAGCUAGUGAAAGAGGUAGAGAAACCCAAGGCUUUUAAAUGUGGGACUUAUGGUGCAUCCAGUUUACGAGAUCGUUACUUGGCUACAGGUGAUUUUGAAGGGAAGUUAAAUAUAUGGAACCUGGAAGAUACAACAGCUCCUAUAUAUACGGCAAAUGCCCACAAAGAGAUAAUCAAUAGUAUAGAUGGUGUUGGGGGUCAGAGUAUUGGUUGUGGAGCACCAGAAAUUGUAACUGGAAGUAGAGAUGGUAGCGUAAAAGUUUGGGAUCCUCGUCAGAAAGGUAAAGCUGUAGCUACCAUGGAACCGGCUGAAGGAGAAGCCAAGAGAGAUUGUUGGACAGUUGCAUUAGGUAAUUCAUACAAUUCUGAAGAAAGAAUUGUCUGUUCUGGCUAUGAUAAUGGUGAUAUAAAGAUGUUUGAUUUGAAAACAAUGUCCCUUAGGUGGGAAACAAAUGUGAAAAAUGGAGUGUGUGGAAUAGAAUUUGAUAGAAAGGAUAUAGUCAUGAAUAAAAUGAUUGUCACGACAUUGGAAUCAAAAUUUUAUGUCUUUGAUGUACGGACACAACAUCCACAGAAAGGAUUUGCAUAUUUGACAGAAAAGGCACAUAAAUCUACAAUAUGGUUGGCCCGACACAUACCACAAAAUAGGGACAUAUUUGCUACAUGUGGUGGAGCUGGAACACUAUGUCUUUGGAAGUACAAUUACCCUACAAGACGGGUUAAAGAUGAUACAGAUGGCAAUGAAAUGGGAAUUGUAGGGACAACCAGCCUGCUUCAGAACGCAACGCUAUCCACACAGCCAAUCUCAAGCCUUGAUUGGAGUCCUGAUAAACAAGGAAUCGGUGUGUGCACCUCAUUUGAUCAGACUAUUCGAGUCAUUAUUGUCACAAAGUUGAACACUAUCUAAUUAUGUCUUAUUCAGGCAGGAUUGCUUAUUCAUGGCAUUUAGGAUGGACAAUAUCACGUCUUGCACUGAAACACAAACACUGUCUUAUCCUUAUUCUGUUGUCAUAUUCAGAGAUCAGUCUGCAUGAAGUUUAUUAGGGUCUGUGAAACGAGCCGUUAGAAUAUAAAAUACAGCUGGUAGAGGCACUAACGCUAUAAGUGCAGAAUGAAAUACAGGGUCUUUUAGUUCAGUGAUGGCAAUAAUCCCGUAUGCAUGAAGUAGCCAGUGACCCAGAAUGAUCACAACAUUCCUUAUGUCUGUCACAGUGCUUACAAUCAAGAACCGCAUGGACUGAAAAUAAAGAAUACAGAUAUAAAUAUUUGAUAACAUUUCCUAUCUUAAAGCUAUGUUUGUUUCAAAUUACAUAAAAAAUUAUGGUCUAGUGUUAUUUCAAAAUCUUUAUUGUUAUUACAUCAGCAAUAAAAAAAUUGCACAAAUUGCCAGCAAUGAUUAAACUAAUCAACUACCAUUUUGUAUUGCUACAUGUAACUAUUCCAAGAUGGUAAUUGUGUGAAACUGUGCCACAGGUGGCAGAAAAUGUCAUAAACCCCAGAGAUUUUUUCUUGCCUGUUUUCCUUUCUAUUGCAAAAGCUUACCUGAUCCAAUUUAUAUGCAAAAUGGGCUGCAUUUGAUAUGACGGACAGAAUUAUAACUAUAUAUGGGAAGGAAUAAUCUGAAACAGAAAGUAUAUUUCAGUUAUAUGUUUAUCAUAUUUGUUUGUAGUCCAACAUUUUGGGUUUUAUUACACAACAGACCCACCUUGUUCAUGGGUUUGAGCAUCGUCAUUUUGCUUAAAAACUAUUGUGUUAAUAUCUGUGCAACAUAAUGUAGGUCCCUUGCUCUUUCAUGGUCACUCUUACAGACACAUGAAGUAAAUAUAUCUACCAACCUAUCUCAGUAGCUACGUGCAUACCGAGUUGCACAAAGUGUACUCUGAUUGUGUGUUUCGCCAGGAAUGCUGACAACACCCUAACAAACACCAACACUAAUGUUUUCAUGUUUAUUAAUUAUACAAAUUAAGCAUCA